AUGGAUAAUUCCACGCCCACACGGGUUAACGAUAGACAGAAGGGCGAUGAGGAAACCCCGUUACUGGGGAACACGAAAGCACAAGCAUUCCAAGAUGAGCAAUUCCAGGUUCUACCACGCCGGCAGCUUUUGAUUGUAUUUCCAGCCUUGGCACUUGUUCACUUCACCUCCUUCUUGGACCAGACCGCCGUCUCAACUGCUUUACCAGCGAUCGCACAUGGCCUCAAUAUUGGCCCCUCCAUCUCUUGGGUCGGCGCAAGCUUCUUGAUUACCAGCACCAGCAUUCAGUUGAUCAACGGUCGGCUAUCCGAUAUCUUUGGAAGGAAAUUAUGCCUCAUAACUGCACUUAUUGUAAUGGCCCUGGGCAACAUGACAUCCGGAUUUUCACGUACACAAGGGCAGUUGUUCGCCACGCGUGCCUUUAGCGGAUUCGGCGCCGGCUCUCUCAACGCUCUUGUCCAGAUAGCUGUGUCUGAUUAUACGACGCUGGAACAGAGGGGCUACUGGUUUGGCAUCAUUGGAAUUGCGACUGCCCUGGGAAAUGGGCUGGGCCCAUUGAUCGGUGGUGCUUUGACACAGUGCACUAGUUGGCGAUGCACAUUUUGGUUCAUUGGUCCGUUAGCGGGCGUCGCUGUGGUUUAUCUUGCUCUGGCUUUGCCACGGUCGCCGACCACGAGGGGAAUGCGGAGGAAGCUCGAAAUGGUUGACUGGUUUGGCGUUGUUAGCAGCAUGCUAGCUAUUGUUCUAAUUUUGAUUCCUUUGUCUCAAGGGGGCGCUUCUAUGCCAUGGACAUCACCGACGGUCAUUGCGAUGCUCACUAGUGGUGUCGCUUUGCUCUCCGUGUUUCUAGUUAUUGAAUGGCGAUAUGUGAGAUUGCCAAUUCUACCAUUCCGCUUAUUCCAAUAUGGACGCUCAACCAAUAUCCUUCUUGCAAUGAAUUUUAUCAUUGGUUGGAUUUUCCACUGCAACCUCUUUUACAUUCCUCUCUACUUUCAAAAUGUUCGAGGCUGGAGUCCAACCAUGGCGGGAUCUUUAAUACUGCCGUUGGUCAUUGCACAUGGAUUAACAUCUGGGUUGAACGGCCCCGUGGUCGCAUCGCUCGGUCGAUAUACCCCUGUUAUCACUACCGGGGCGGGUAUUUGGGUGAUAGGAGCCACGGCGAAGACCCUAUAUGGAAACAUAACCCCCGCGUGGAUGAUCGUUGUGUUUGGUAUCUUUGAAGGAGUCGGCGUGGGGUGUUCCUUACAGCCCAUUCUUGUCGGUCUUCUGGCAGGCUCUGAAAAUUCCGACCGUGCAGUUCUUACUGGCCUUCGAAAUUUCCUCCGCGAUAUCGGCGGAGGGUUGGGGAUCACAGAGGAUUAUGGUCUUGGUGGAAAAGAACGUCUGGGCGAAAGCAUCACCGCAGAUAGCGCAGAUUCCCAUGAACAAUAA